AUGGGCAACCUCUGCAGCACCGAGCGCGAGCGCGACGCAUUCGCGCAGCCCGGCCGCCGGCUCGGCGCCGCUCCGGCAGCACGCACCUCCGCCUCCGUCCCCACAUCCGCCGAACAAGGACCCCGGAAAGUCGGCGGUCCCCCACAGACGCUCGGUGGUGGCGCCGGCAGCGGCGCCGGCCAGGCAGCAGCAGCGCCAGGGGCGGCGGCGGCGGCGGCCGACGAUGCGCAGAGGCGAGCUGCUACUGCUGCCGAGGACCGUUUUCAAAAGAGCAAGCCAAAGAAAGGCAAGCUCCAAGCCCAGCUGGACCGGCAGCGUGCCAUGACAGACGCCCAGGUGCUCAGGCAGGCCGGCGAGACCGAGAGGCGGCAGAGGGAGUUGGACCAGAGCAGAAGCGUGCUCAACCAUGACUAA